AUGAAUGCAAUCACGCUUGAAACCCUCUUUUCGCAACCCGAGGUGGAGCUCAUGAAUGUCAUAAAAGAUGUAUAUAAGGAGGAGAUUCACCGGCUGACCCGGGCCUACGCAAUCUGGACAGAAAAGAGCCCUCUCGGCCAGCCAUCAUCACCGUCGCAGCUCUUGUGCGAGGACAAGGUCACGCAGUACGACGAGGUGAACCGAACAGUGGUCAGCGUGCUGGCGCUGCGAUGGAUCUUCAAUGGGAAAUACGAGCAGUUCGUAAGCGGGCAGCCGGAGGCGGUGAAGCUGCGAAAGGCGUCGUUCGAGUGGCUACGCAAAGUGGUGAUCAAUACUCUGCAAACGGACGACGACGUGCAGACAUUAGUGACAUCUAUAAUGAUCAAUGAUCUGGGAAAGGACAACUUGUUUGCGGAGGACUACAACAAUCUCACGACACAGACCAUGUCGACCAACCACGACAUGAUCCUGCUGCAAGUGGCUAAGGCAGUCGACAAGGCUGCCAGGACCAAGGACGGUGAGGCCAGCGAGAAGGACAAGGCCGUGAUCGCUCUUAUCCCGAGCUUCGGAAAGUUGAACGGUACUCAGCGGAACCAGAUCCUACAGGGCCUCCGGCUCGGCUCGUUUUUUAACUUUGGGCAGCUGGCUCAGGCCGAGAAUGCACCGGCGAGCCUGCAGGCAGUCCGGGAUAUGGAACCUAAACUAGAUGAAACCUCCUUCCAACUGCACGUCGUCGAGCAGCUACUAGACGUGGCCGGGGCGGCCGGCCAUGUCUACUGGACCAGCGCUCGCAAGCUGAUCGAGCCUAUUCUGGAGGCUUACCGCACCGUUAACGAGGUCGUCAUCGAUGUGAUGAGCAGAAAGCUAUCACCACGCCAGGGCUAUGACUCCAUCCUCAAGCGACGGGAGGGCCGGCUACGUGGCCUCGGCUUUCGCCCGCUCUCCGUUUAUAUUCCCAGUGAACGAGCCCUGCUGCGGAUCCUUUGCAUGGGAGGCGUCGCCGACCUUAACAUGGCCGAGCUGUACUAUAGGGUGUGGAAUGUGGUGGGCGAAGACAAAAAGCUUGUCAAAGCCCUCAACAUCGAUGGUUCCAUCGAUGAGCCAGCUGUCCAGCCGACAUACAUGCCCGCACUGUUGGCCCAGGCCAUCAGUAGCUGCAGAAACGAUACAGCUGCCACAGAGAUGGCACUAACAAGCGUGCUGCGCUUUCUAGCCUGCGUCAUGUGCCUCAGCCCAGCUGAGGUCAAAAACGCCUGCCCCGUGAUGGAGCGCAACGUACUAGAGAUGGUGUGGUUGGUGCAGGAAUCGGUAUUCCCUGACAAUCCCGAAAUUCUGAAAAGGAAAAAGAUGCCGAUAGCGACGCCAGCCCUACCGACUUGCUCUUUAAUAGGGAAUUAA